AUGAACGCCAAUCACCCGCCAGAGCUCCGCACUGGGCUGCAAAUGGGCACAACCGGACCGGACGUACCUCCUAGUCCUGAGUCUUGUUGCUUCACUACCGCACCAGUUGGCUUGCCAGAUUUCGGUGAGGGUGUCUCGACCGUGCCUUCAUCGAGCAAGGCAUACCAGGAUGCUCUGCAGAACCUGUCGGCCAGCCAUCCUCCCUGGCUUGACAAAGCCGCUCCUCUGUCUUACUUUACGCCCGGGCUUGUUGGGUCCCGUGAAGGCUCUCCGAGAAGCUUCCUGUCACAUCCACCGGUACAGAAGCCUCUUCCAGUCGUUCCGGAAACAAGACGGAAACCUGAUCCAGAAGCGGGUCAUUCUGGUGGUGGAAUUCAAGGGAGGAUAUGCAUCGAUCCCCGAAUGCAUCCGACGAAGGCCCACGCGAAACUUCAUCAUCCAGGAUUGCUGAAAGGAGCCGAUUUUUGUGAUGCCGGGGUUGAAUGCGCUCCUAUCGAGGCAAUCGAGUCACCUGAAAAAGACAAACGCUUGUUUCCGUUCGGCGAUUUCUUUGAUGAUUCUUCAGACGAAGAAGGCCCCGUCGUCGGCUACCGCUUCCGCAGACUCACUGGUGGUGACAUUUGCAGAGAAAGAGUAGACGUCUCCAACCACAAACACUUUGGUCACAGCUCAGCCCUCAAAGUACGGCCUGCUCUGGGUGUCACGGCAUUCAAUCUUUCCGAUCACGAACAACGUCAGCCGUAUCAUGGGGUGUCAAAGGUCCGCACACUAGCUGAUAUUCCCCCCAUCAAACUUCUUAAUCCGCCACUAGAAAUACCGUUGCGAGACAGCAGCUUGGCAGACCCUGGCCAAGUUUGUGAUGACCUCGCACCCGAGCAGACAGAAGCCCCUUCCGAUCCAUCCCGGCCCUCCAGCGAAUAUUCAUCGCGCUCUAGUUCCCGGCAUUUAGGCGAUAUGUUGCUCUAUGGGGAAGGGCCGCCCUCCCAUCAACGUGCAGAUUCCGCCCAGUCCAUGAUCUCGGACGGGACUGUAUUCAGUCCAUUUGAAUCGGGUCAACCUGCUGUAGGAGAAAUCUUUCAUCAAGACCGCAGUCCUAUCCUGGACGAGACAGCUGUGCUGAGCGAUGCUGAACCGGCUAACGCACCUGAAGAGACGUUGUGGGCCAACGGCAGGUCAUUCAGUCAGAAUGAGGAUCCGAUACUACGUCCAUUAGAGUGUGGGUUUCCCACUGUCCAUCCAUGCUCUUGUGUUGUGCCAAAGGUCCAACCGUCUACUGAAGAUCUUCUGGGUGUUGGGCUCCGUCCCUUGGUCGAGUCUCCAAGAACCAAGUCAAGUGCGGAGAGAAGAACAAGGACUCGUCGAGCAGAAACGGCGCCCGAGGACUCGGAUGUAGAGUUGUCAACUGCAAGCAAGAAGGCAUCUUCUGUUGAUCCUCGCCGUGCGACUACGACCACCGUUUCGUCAAACUCGGGGGAUGGUCCUCGCUCAACCGGAAUAACAACCCCAAGAAAUUUGGACCUCAGUCGUCUGGCCUCGUUCUUCCGUGACCUCACCAAGCCGUAUGAGACGUACCAGUCCAAGUUGACUGAAUUACCCGCAAGGGAAAAUACGGUAGAGUUUGUUGAGGGCAAUCAGCCAACGUCUCCCGUCUCGGGAAGGAUCAGGAACCUCACUGGUAAUUCCACCGCGUCAACAUCCUUGGAUACGCGAUUCAAGCGCACUGUGUGCAACAUGGAACAACUGCUCCACAAAGCCAUGGAUUUGGCAAAUCAAGCUGUUGACCAAGAUGACCACCAAUGUCUCGAUAUGCUUGGAACAGUGGACCAUGAAGCAGACUCUCACAAUUCUCCACCAAGUGUGCACGAGAGCCUACCUAGCGUCUACGAGUCGAGUGACGAUGAACAGCCGCCUCCUCCUCCUCCUCCUCCUCCUCCUCCUCCUCCUCCUGUUCACAAAAGAUCGAUCGAGAAGGUUGCUACGCCACGUUCUUCGAUCAAGAAGCCUCCUCAUAUCCCCAAACAUCAUAGGUCAGCUCCUGGUAUGCGCAGUAGGAACGUCAGAAUCGAGAUUCCCAAGAGGGUCACGAGCCUCAGGAAGCUCAACGCUGGUAUGGUGCAUGUCCCACUAUCAGACCUUCAACGGAGUCGAUUUCAGGAGUUGUCGCCCCCAGUGAGCCCGCUCACGCACGCCCCUUCCAGACCAGACGAUCACGGCCAGACAGAUUCUCUAUCUGAACAAGGCUGCAUCUUGAUGAGUAGAGGGUCCAAGAAGGUCAAGAAGUGUCGCAGUUGCCGCCGUCUUCCUUUGCUCAACCAUCGCUUCAGCUUCUUGUGUGCAAAGGAAGAGGAUGUUCCUCUUAAGGAUACUCGUUCAAGACCUGAUGCCAAGCUGCGACCCGCCGGAAAGUCAAUUUCGGGAAAGAUACGAAAAUCAAACUCUUGGAGCUUCGAUGGUGCUGCUGACCAUCGUCCUGAUGAUUCAAUGGAGGACAGUCUGCUCCAUGAGACGGAUGGAGCUGGGCCGUCGGCCGAGAGAUCAUAUCCGGCCAAAGAUGAUCACUUUGAGCAAGAUGAUCCUCACCCCGAGAAUGGUACCGACAGCAGACGUAUCAACCUUCGUGGAAAGGCACACGUCAGUCUCAGAGGCUAUCAGGGCUUCAGCCUCGCUCGUGCAUAUCGACGCCAUCCCAUUGCUCGCGACUGGUCUACGGUCCGGAAACGUUUUGUGGCGACGGUUGCAUGCCUGAGUACGGCUGUCAUUGGUGUUCUUAUCGGCAUCUAUGCUGGUAUGGUGCCUUCGAUACAAUACAUGAUUGCUGACCUGCAACACUACGCCAUUCUCGGCAAUGUUUUCUUCUACAUUGGUCUCGCCAUCCCCAGCUUCUUCUUCUGGCCGUUACCUCUUCUUCAUGGCCGGAAGCCCUACAUCCUGUCGAGUUUGGUCUUGGCUAUGCCUCUCCUUUUUCCUCAGGCCAUCACGGUUAGCCAGCCUCGGUCACCCUACGUCAGCACCUGGAGAUGGGCUCUGUUGAGUUCUCGUGCCUUCAUGGGCCUUACCCUGGGCUUUGCUAGCAUGAACUUUCACUCCGUAUUGACUGAUCUGUUUGGGGCUUCGUUGAUGAGCGGCAACCCGCACCAAGAGAUUGUUGACAAGCAUGACGUGCGAAGACACGGAGGAGGUAUGGGUGCUUGGUUGGGGCUCUGGACAUGGUGCUACACUGGCUCUCUUGGAAUUGGGUUCUUGCUUGGGGCCGUCAUCAUUGACAGCGCAAACCCAUCAUGGGGAUUCUACGUCAGCAUCAUCCUCAUCAUGUUCAUCCUUCUUUUGAAUGUUGUCUGUCCCGAAGUCCGACGCUCCCCGUUCAGGAGAUCCGUGGCUGAGGUCAGAAACGGCAACCGGGUUUCGAGAAGGGUGGCCCGAGGGGAGGUCAUGAUGCAUCGUGUCAAGGAUGGUCCUACAUGGUGGGGGCAAGAGGUGUACCAUGGCAUCUUGUUGUCGCUGGAGAUGCUUCGGCAGCCUGGCUUUCUCAUCAUUGCGCUCUACACGGGAUGGAUCUACGCCCAGGUCGUCCUCAUCAUUGUUCUCCUGGGUGCCUUGACAUCGAGGUCAUACCAGUUGAGGUCACCGUUUGUUGGUCUCUGUGUCGCUUUCAUUUCGUUCGGUGCUUUGGUGGCCAUCCCGUUCCAAAAGGCGAACUUAUUUUCUCGGGGUCGCCACCACCAGCAACAGUCAAAUGAGGAUACAUUCGACAAGAAAUUCUCAUGGACGUCUCACCUGUUGAGGCGGACAAUUGUUUGCUUGGUGUUGCCUCUUGUGGGAGUCGCCUACACAUUUGCCUCGACCGGCCCUCCGGUUCCUCUUGAAAUCCCUACACUAUUCGCUACGAUGAUUGGUUUGCUCUCGGGUCUCGCCAUCUCAGAAUGCAACGGCUUGAUCAUGGAGACAUUUGACACUUCGGAUCUUCACCCGGGAAUGACUGGCCGGCCGCGUGGUGCCUCCAACAAGUCAUCCAAACGCACCAACUACUCGUCUUUUCCCCGCGUCACAGCCGGGUUUGCAGUGUGCCACACGAUUGGGUUUGUCCUGGCAGCUGUGGCUACGGCAGUGGGAGGUAAUCUGCAGCGAAACCUCGGUCAGCAAGCUGCAACUGGUGUCGUUGCCGGUAUUCUGUUGAUCCUGACGCUCCUUCUCCUCGCGGUUCUCAUUCGCUUCAAAGAUGUGCAAAUCAUUCCAGUUUCCAAGAAUCUCGAGAUGGAGAAGUGGGAGAAGUACCGCAGAGAGAGCAUCCGCCGUCGCUCUGAAGUGUCCGCACCUGCCAAACAAAACACCAUGACGGACGCAGAGAUGUGGCGGCCUCUUCUCAUGGGCAAUCCCUCGAGCCGCAUGCGCCGUGUCAACAUUCUUGAGCUGGGGUCCAUGAGUCGGUGGACAGAGAUUCGCAAGAAGAACCGUCUGAUUGAUGAGACGUCAGCUCAUCUCAACCGUGCUGCUCUCGAGUCGGCAGCUACAGCCCUUGAGGAGACAACCACUGAUCUUGUCCGUCGUGUCAGCAGCCGGAGGAACAACCGGAGCCCUCCGCCACGGAGGUUUUUCACUGGCAGCCCUGGCCCUUCGGGGGUAGCGAGAAGUGAGAGUCCCAUACAGCGGGCUGGGAUGACGCCAAAGGCUAUGGAGCUUGAUUCCUUUAUUGUGGUCAGACAACCACCUGUUGCUGCUACUGCUGUUCCGGCGAGUCCAUCGCCACUUCCGGGCCAUUCCAAGACGAGAGGCGCCGGUGAUGACUUUAUGGAGCGGGAGUGUGUCAUGGGGCAGACGGUGAAGGAGGAAGAAAAUGAGAAUGGGGAUGGGGCGCUGUUUGAGUCGAGUGAUUUUUUGAGUUCGUCGGAUGACCAGAAGGAUGUUGUUGGGCGUGGUCGUGCGGAGAUCAAGGGCAAGUUUGAUGAUAUGGGACAUCAAGGUCAUGGUCAUCUGAGUCAUUUUCAGGAGGAGGAGAGCGAGGGGAGGAGGAAUGGGAAUGAGAUUCAAAGGAAGUGAAGACUGUCAGAAGGGGGUAGAGAUUUUGUGAUUUUAUGGCCCUAGAUUAGGUACCUCUAUAAGUCAUGCUCACACUUUCACGUUUUGUUUGGGAGUUGAAGAACCUGUUGCCUGGCCAUGAAGUGUGCUCGUCAGGUUGCUCCUUCCCUUCAGAGCUGUUGUGGCUGCUGCUGGUCCAUUCAUGCUCACCCAACGUGGAAAGAGGAAGGAGUGAACCAGUGGUUUA